AUGGACGCCCGGCGCCGUCACCUGAGUUCAACACCUGCCUUCAUUUCUAGGGUUUAUCGCAAUCGCCUGCACAGAAGCAGACAUGAACACUCAAAAGGUUAUGAGGUUGAUAGUGGGCUGCUUGGUGAUUGUUGCCAUGGUGAAAAUUUUCUUUCAUCCCAGCUCAAGAAAGACACGAGUGUCAAAACCCACCAAAUCAUACAAGGUGGUAACUUCUGGGCUAAACAGCAUAUCCCACAGCUGAAUUUGGUUCAUAAUGAGGAGGAUCCUGUCAAAAAAGAACAUGCAGGCAACACAGAGGUUCAGCCAGAGGAAAAAGAGACGAUCCAAUCAAACCAAGAGGAGUUAGAACCAGAAAUUCCUGAUGAUACACCCAUGGAUCCAUUAAAAAUUGUGCACUUGGAUCUGAAAGGCGCUGCACCCAAAGUCAAAUACCUUGAAGAGAUAUUCCCUCUACUGUCAACUCUGGGUGCUAAUGGGAUAUUGCUGGAAUAUGAGGAUAUGUUUCCUUAUGAGGGGGAGCUCAGCAUUCUCAAAUCAAGCUUUGCAUACAGUCCGGAAGAUAUAGAGAAAAUUAAGUCUCUGGCCAAGCAGCACAAGCUUGAACUGAUUCCUCUGGUGCAGGUGUUCGGACACUUGGAGUUUGUCUUAAAACACGAGAAGUUCUUCAAACUGAGAGAAGUGGAAACAUAUCCCAACAGCCUGAACCCUCAGGCCCAAGGAAGCAUGGAUCUCGUUCAAGACAUGUUAACGCAAGUUAUGAAGAAGCACCCAGAAGCAAAGUGGUUCCACAUUGGUGCAGAUGAGGUACGUGGCCUGGGCGAGAGUGAAGAUUCGAAGCGCUGGUUGGAAGCCAACAGUGGAGACAUGGGAAAGCUGUUCCUCAAUCAUGUGACCGCAGUCGGGAAAUUCAUGACCAAACUGAAGAGAGGAAUCAAGCUGAUCUUGUGGGACGACAUGUUUCGGAAACUUAGCUCUGACACAAUCAAAGAAUCAGGUUUGCAGGACCUUGCAUCGCCCAUGAUAUGGAAGUACAUCCCAAACAUGGAUGUGAAAGAGAUCGGUAACUAUAUCUCUAAGUAUGAACAGGCUGGAUUCAAAGGGGUGUGGUUUGCUAGCGCUUUCAAAGGAGCCUCUGGAAUUGACCAGAAAUGGACCCCAAUCAGUCACCAUUUAAAAAACCACCUACAGUGGCAGAAAGUCAUUCAAUCCAUGCCUCAGUACAAGUCUGUGAGAUUCCAAGGCAUUGCUCUGACUGGCUGGCAGAGGUAUGAGCAUCACACUGUGCUGUGUGAGCUUCUCCCUGUGGCCAUCCCUUCUCUGGCUGUCUGUCUUCAGACGCUGAAAUACGGUUCAUUUGAUACGGAGGCAGAGAAGGAGGUGCAGCGCCUCCUUGGGUGUCAGGUUGAGCUGAGCAACAAUGAGUGUAAGGGUGCAUCCUUUCCUGGCUCAGAUGUUUAUGAAAUGGUGAAGAAGCUCAACGACAACCUCGAGAGUUCAGUUAAAAAGAUCAUGCAAAGCUACCAUGUCAAGGGAUCAUUCAGUCCAUAUCAUCGCAAACGCAGCUUUGCAAACCCUCGAAAUCUUGCAUUUUUCAAAGAUGGACUGAAAAAAUUGAUGGAUGAAUGGGAUUCCUUUUUACUGACUUUCCGCAAAAAUAUGGAGGCAAUCUUCUACCCAGACACGUUAGAGGAGUGGUUGGAGGAGAAUGUGAAUGAACACAUAGAAAGACUUCAUGAAAUGGUGGUUGAUGUAGAACGAAUCAUUAAACUCAAUGGACAGCCAAAGGUUGAUCCUUCAAAAAUGAGGUGAAACAGACAAGACGACCAACAGGAAGGACAUCCCAAAAUGUAGCAUUCAAACUUCCUACUGUUUUUCAACCUCAGGGAUCUUGCUUGUUUCCUGAAGGCUUUGCUGGAAGUGAUGACUAGAUUAUGAAAAGUUGCAUUAAAGUUCUCUAAUUACACUGGGCAUGCACUUCUUGAAGAAGUGGACUCACUACACUAUGCAUCAAUGCAUUUAUUUCAUCUGUAUUUGAGUUGACUCAAAAUAAUGAAAGUUAUUUGCCUUUGCAGUGACACUGGUACAGCUAAUGUUGUUUUUUUGUGUUUUUUUCAAUGUGUAGGGAUGGAACGUAACCAAACGUCAUGUCUUUGACAUGCAAAAUGUACAAAAUGUGCAGUUUGAGGAGCAGAAAUAUUGUACAAUUGCAGAAUGUGGAAUCUUGUUACAAGUGAGAGCCUUGAAUAAAGUAUCUUUAGUGUUUUUAUCACUAUUACACAUAUAGUUCUAAAUUAGCUUUAGAAGCAUUUACCUCAGAAAACUUUAAAACUGGAAAUAUGGAGCUUAUGUUUAAUUUACAGGCUUAUCACAAUGCCAAUAACGCAACAUAAUUUGCUGAAUUUAAUUUAUUUGUGUGUGUGUGUGUGUUUACAACAAAAUAAAAUAAAAAUUGGGGAAUGUA